CGUGGGGGAAAAAAAUUACUUGAAUGGGCACGCUACCUCGGGUGCAUGUUCAUUUAGGGCGUACAAGAGUCGGGACUGAGGUAGUAAAUCUCACAUACCCCAGGAUGGAUCCAGAGACGCUACCGCCCAAGGCCACAUCUUCAACACCACUCUGUUUUUGACGGCAGCACAGCAGGAAACGUCCACAUGUCCAAAUUCUAUUCCAUCAUAUUUCUAAAAAGGUGACCCUGAAGUCCCUGAUGUCAUUAUUUCAUCUUUUCAGCUCCAUAUAAAACCCUUUACCGCUCCCUUCACUUUUCUCAUAACCACAAACACUCUCUCACUUCCUUUCAUCCACCCAAGCUCUUCCUUCACCCUUCUCAAAAUCCCAAAAUAUCAACAAUGACUGAACGCAUGUCAAACACCCUGAACGCCUAUCUCGGCUCCGCAAAGCAAUCCAUCGGCGAAACAACCGGUAACCGCGAGCUCGCUGCCAGUGGUGCCGCCCAAAAGACCCAAGCCGAGGAAUCCCAACGCCUUGCCGACGCCGACACCCAAACAAAGGGACUCGGCCACUCCUUCGAAGGUCAGGCGCAGGAAAAGAUCGGUUCCUUGACUGGCGAUAAAGCCAUGCAGGCCCGUGGAGUGGCCAACCAGGCACUCGGAGACGCUCAGCAGAGUGUCGGAGCAAACAAAACCUCUGUGCCGACCGACUAAACCGACCGACCAACCAACCAACCAUGCAGAGAUACCAGUUGUAGCAAACUACAAACAAACAGUGCUUAAAUGAGCAUAGCACUUGUAAUUAUGUAAAAUAAAAUGA